CAACAAACUACCAACUUCAGGAAGCUGGAAGUUUCCUUGUACGACUCCGUUUUUAGUUAACAGUGUAGUUUCGCGAGUUUAAGAUAGAAAAAACGAGCGGCGGGUCAAAAUAUUUCUGUUUUGUAUUUAUUAUUUUAAGAAGCUGUUUUUGUAGAUCAACUUUGCGCAAGUCUAAAGCAGGACAUAAGUCGUCACACAUCACUAAGUAAAGAUGUUAUCCCCGAGUUUGUUGGCUAACUACUGUCCCGAACUUCAUGAUGACCAAACGCAUAAAGUGGACAAAUACCUGCACCAUUUUCAGCUGUCAGAUAGGACUUUGAUGGAUUUGUCACUAAGAUUUCGACGAGAGAUGGACAAAGGGCUGUGCAGAGACACCAACCCCACAGCUGCUGUCAAGAUGCUGCCCACGUUUGUGCUCUCCACUCCUGAUGGAACAGAGCAAGGUGAAUUCUUGGCACUUGAUCUCGGCGGAACCCACUUCCGGGUGCUCCUGGUCAAAGUUAAGGCUGAUGGCAAGCAAGAGGUGGUGAUGGAAGAUCAGAUUUAUGCCAUUCCUGAACACAUCAUGAGAGGCUGCGGGAAUGAAUUAUUUGAUCACGUAGCUGAUUGUCUGGCUAACUUCAUGGAGAAGUUGGGCAUAAAGGACAAAAAGCUGCCUCUGGGUUUCACCUUCUCUUUCCCCUGUCAGCAGACCAAGUUGGAUGAGAGUGUUUUGGUGUCGUGGACCAAAGGCUUCAAGGCAAGCGGAGUAGAGGGAAAGGAUGUGGUCAGCCUUCUGAAGAAAUCCAUCAAAAAGCGAGGGGACUUUGACGUUGACAUCUUGGCUGUAAUUAAUGACACAGUGGGAACCAUGAUGACCUGUGGCUACGAUGAUGAUCUCUGUGAAAUUGGCCUCAUUGUGGGAACGGGGACCAAUGCCUGCUACAUGGAGCAGAUGAGGAACCUUGAGCUGCUGGACGGUGACGAGGGGCGGAUGUGUGUUAAUACAGAGUGGGGCGCUUUUGGAGAUGAUGGUGCGCUGGAGGACCUGCGCACUGACAUUGACCGGGAAAUAGACGCAGGAUCUCUGAACCCUGGCAAGCAGCUGUUUGAGAAGAUGAUCAGCGGCCUGUACAUGGGGGAAAUAGUGCGUCUCAUCCUGAUGAAAAUGACCAAAGAGCAGCUCCUGUUCCAGGGCAAGACUUCAGCGGAGCUCUGCACUACUGGAAGCUUCAACACUAGCUACAUCUAUGCCAUUGAGAAUGACAGAGAUGACGAAGGUCUGGCGAGUGCGGAGAAGGUGCUCCGGGGCCUUGGUCUAAACCCAUUGGUUGAGGACUGCAUAGCCACUCAGAGGGUGUGUCAGAUAGUAUCUACACGUGCGGCACAUUUGUGUGCUGCCACUCUGGUGGCAGUGCUGCGCCAGAUUCGGGAUAACAAAGCAGCCGAGAAACUGCGCACCACUAUUGGAGUGGAUGGCUCUGUUUACAAAAAUCAUCCAGAGUUUUCCAGAAGGCUCCACAAAAUGGUACGGCGACUUGUGCCGGACUGUGACGUGCGUUUUUUGCAGUCACAGUGCGGCAGUGGGAAGGGUGCAGCCAUGGUAACCGCAGUAGCCUACCGUCUUGCCGCUCAGAAUGCUGAGCGUCAGCGCAUUCUCGACACCUUGCGUUUGAGCCGCAAACAGCUGCUGGAGGUGAAGAGACGAAUGAGUGAGGAGAUGGUGCGAGGCCUGUCAAAGCAAACCCAUGAGGAGGCGAGUGUAAAGAUGCUUCCCACUUAUGUGCGAGACACACCAGAUGGAACAGAGCAUGGCGACUUCUUGGCUUUGGACCUUGGGGGCUCCAGCUUUCGGGUGCUGCUGGUGCGAGUGCGAAGUGUAAAGAAACACGAUGUGGACAUGCACCACAAGAUCUACAGUAUCCCACAAGAGACUAUGCAGGGCACAGGGGAAGAGCUUUUUGACCACAUUGUGCACUGCAUGGCCGACUUUCUGGAAUACAUGGGCAUGGGAGGAGCGUCAUUACCUCUGGGAUUUACAUUCUCCUUCCCCUGUCAUCAAAGCAAACUGGAUCAGGGCAUUCUCCUGAAGUGGACAAAGGGUUUCAAAGCCAGUGGCUGUGAGGGGCAAGAUGUCAUCACGUUACUUCAAGAUGCUGUCCGCCGCAAACAGCAAUUUGACUUGAACUUUGUGGCGGUGGUUAACGACACAGUGGGAACCAUGAUGACUUGCAGCUAUGAGGACCCCAGAUGUGAGGUGGGACUAAUUGUAGGCACAGGGACAAAUGCCUGCUACAUGGAGGAAAUGCAAAACAUCGAACUGGUGGAGGGUAACAACGGCCGUAUGUGUGUCAACGUGGAGUGGGGAGCAUUUGGUGACAGUGGUGAACUUGAUGACGUCUGCACCCAGUUUGAUCGCGUCGUUGAUGAGUGCUCUAACAAUCCUGGGAAACAGAGGUAUGAGAAGAUGAUCAGCGGCAUGUACCUGGGGGAGAUAGUGAGGAACGUGCUAAUAGAUUUUACUUCCAAGGGCUUGCUGUUCAGAGGCAAAAUGUCCGAGCGACUCAAGACCCGGUGCAUCUUCGAGACAAAGUUCCUGUCACAGAUCGAAACUGACCGUCUGGCCAUGCGACAGGUGCGCUCAAUUCUGCAGCACCUGGGCCUCACCACCUCCACGUGCGAUGACAGCGUACUGGUGAAGGAGGUGUGUAGCGUGGUCGCACGGCGUGCAGCUCAGCUCUGUGGCGCUGGUUUGGCCGCUGUGGUUGACAAGAUACGGCAGAACCGCAACCUGAAUCAGCUCUCCAUCACCGUGGGAGUGGAUGGCACCCUUUACAAGAUGCACCCUCAUUUCUCCAGCAUCAUGCAAGAGACGUUGCAGGAUUUGGCACCGCAGUGUGACGUGACUUUCCACAAGUCAGAGGAUGGAAGUGGGAAGGGAGCAGCACUGAUCACAGCUGUGGCCUGCAGGAUACAGAGCGAAGGGCAGCACUGAAUCGUCAUGACUUAGGUAGACAGAAGCAGAGCUACUGCGACUGCUUUUUUGUACCAGGUCACCAAAAUAAAGUUAUGUGCCGCUUGACCUGAGUUUAGAUAUUUAGCACUGAAAUGUUCAAUCUGACUGCUUUACUUUGUGUAUGGGUUCACGUACACAGUUUUUGGUUUGCGUUUGGAGAAGACGUACAUAUUUAUGAUGUGAGCUGACAUUGCAUAGGAUGGUGGAAAAUGAAAUUUAGAAAUUUCAGUUCAUCUUGUGUGUUACAGAAGUUGUGCCUUCUGUGAAAUAUGACUGUUACGAGCUGUUGGGCUCAUUUACACUCCCACCUUUUUAAUUGCAAAUUCAAACUCACAGAUCUCCUUCCAGCUGAUAUCUGUGAUCUUUAUUGACUUUCUAAACAUUUUCAGAAUUACAGUUUAAAAAAGUUUAUUUAUUCAGCAACCUUCAAGAUCAGACGUCACAAAGUGCCUCAAGAUAGAAAUCAAAAUCAAGACAUAAAAUAAGAGAAGGAAAUUGUAAAUAAGUAGGAUAGCACAAAACCCAGAAACCUUUCCCUGUGCUUAAUCAUAUCUUUUACUGGAAAUCACCUGGGCAGCAACAUAAAACACAUCUGCAUGAUUUUUGCAUUUACAGUACUUUGUUCUUCAAUGCUUUUCUUAUCAAACCAGAAUAAAAUGAGUUUUAUCACUGUGAAUUUAUGGAUUCAUAUCAGUUUUAAGAAUGAACAAACACAAGAUCUGAAUUUAAACACUAUUUAUACAAAUGUAAACUUUAACAGAUAUCAAAUUCAAUUUGUUCUUCAUUUUAGCAUAAAAUAUUAAAAUCUUAUAGAAAAUGAAUGUGUUGUACUCACAGCCCAGUUGCCAGAAGAAAAUGUUGGCAUUGUACUUUUCUGCAAACCAUGGAUACGUCACGUUUGUACAUUUCAUAUGUAUCGUAUCAGCAUUUCUAAAGUGACGUAGUUCUGAUUACAUGUAUGACCCAACUUCGUCAUCCAGAGGUGGAGGAGAUGGUGGAUAGUGAGGAUGGGCAAUGGCAUUAGACCUAGGCAACUUCUGGGGCUAGAAAAUGAAGCCAACACAGAAGUGCAAUAAACUGGCUCAAAAAAACCAAGAUGGUGACAUGAAAUGCUGAACUUGAGGCUUCAAAAGAUGAGUCUACAAACCAAUGGGUGAUGUCAUGGUAGCUACGCCCAUUAUUUUUACAGUCUAUGCUGCAGACCAAUGAUUAACACCAACAAACAAAGAAACCAGUUGUUUUUUUGGAUACUUUUUGGGCGAGACAUUGGCAGGAUUUUCAGCAGCAAUUGUGCCACCAAAAGCAGGAAUUUUAAGCCAUAACAUUUCAUACUUUUCUUAACCAUAACUAGAAUUUUUUGUUUCUCUAAAUAUAACCAUUGAUAAAACGUAAAGAAAUGUAAAGAUUCACAUGUCCACUACAUAAUUUUGUACAAAUGUUACAUAUCCAUGGUUUGCAGAAACGUACAAAGCCAACAUUUAUUCUGGUGAUUGGGCUGUAUUCUCCCUUUCUCUUCACUGUCAAUAGAGCAUCAACCAUCUGUAAGAAAACACAAGCAGGACUGACUGAGUCUUAAGACUCAGUAGCAAGACAACUGCCCCCAAAGUUUAAUCAUACAGUAUGUAAGUCUAACUGUCCGUAGCCUAGAUGUCUCCUAUUAUACUGUAUGGUCUAAUGAAUGCAACAAACCUAUUCUAAUGCCAUGAAGAUGUAAAGUAUACCAAAGGUAAAAUAAAUACACUGGGGGUAGAUUUGAAGACACAGGGAGCAUUAAUUGCCUAUGUGAAGGGGGAUGUCAAUUAAACUACAGAAAGUAAAGGGUAAGGGCUAGAAGCACCCUUGGGACUGGGAGGUUGAGGGAAUACAAAGGGUAAAAGGAGCGAUUGGUGCUAAGCUUUGUAGACUAGUUUGUCUUAUUUAUUCAUCUCAUUUGCAUUAAAUUCAGAUGGUUCAGAUGUUUUGUUAAAACCAUAAACACCAACAUCCAGUUGUUUAAAUCUCUAAAAUGUUUUUUAAAAAAUGUUUAUGGAGUAAAUAUUGCAUUACUGUGUCCAAUGGCAUAAUGUUUUUACCCCGCUGAAUACACCAAAAUGUUUGAUUAUGUUGAUAUGGAUCUUCCUGUGCUGUGAAACUUAAACUGAAGUGUUUGCUUUUUGUUCUUAGACAACAUAUCCUAUAAUUACAGAAAAACUUCUUCAGCCAAGAACAGAUUGUCUGCUUUGUCACUGCAAUACAAGCUUGUGAUGGCUGUUUUACAACUCUGACCACUGUUACAAUACAGUGCUGUUGUUUUUAAAGACUGUAACAAUAAAGUUGGCCUUAAACAGCU